AUUCACCCCCCCUCUAGCGUUGGGCCUUUAUUCUAACAAUUGGUAUCGGAGCCUUACUCUCUGAAAGACGUAACCGUUUGAGAGAAACGAUCAAUGGCUUCUACUCAAAACUUAUACGCAGGUUUAGGAGAAGGGCAAUCCACCACGAGGCCUCCAUUAUUUGAUGGAACAAAUUACACAUAUUGGAAGGAGCGAAUGAGAAUUUUCAUCCAAUCCAACAACUUUCUCCUAUGGAGAAUUAUCAAGAAUGGGGAAGAAGUGCCCAUGAAGAAAGUUGGGGAAACCACCGUUCCCAAAACCGAAGAAGAAUACGAUGCGCAGGAUAUCAAGAAAAUAGAAAACAACGCUAAGGCUAUCAACAUUCUUUAUUGUGCAGUAAACCCGGAUGACUACCGGAAGAUCUCUUGUUGUUCCACCGCCAAGGAAAUGUGGGACAAGCUCGAAAUCACAUAUGAAGGUACGAAUCAAGUCCGAGAAGCUAAGAUAGAUUUUCUAACCCAUGAAUAUGAAUUGUUUCGUAUGAAGGAGAAUGAGAAAAUCGAUGAGAUGUUUGAACGAUUCUCCAAUAUCGUUAAUGAUCUCCAUGCUCUCAAGAAGACGUACACGGACAAGGAGCUUGUGAGAAAAAUCCUGCGAAGUCUCACACCGGAGUGGCGCUCCAAAGCCGAUGCCAUUCAAGAAUCCAUCGGCAUCACCAACGUCACCAUUGACGGACUUAGAGGUAAUCUCAAAACCUAUGAGUCUACCAUUCUGUAUCCCUCUCUAGGUGAACAAAAGAAGAAUGGGAUUGCUCUCAAGGCAUCUACAAGUCAAGAACGUGCUAUGGAAGACUCGAGUGACGAAGACGAGUUCGGGAUCGUACUCAAGAAAUUCCAUAAGUUCAUGAGCCAAGAUCUUGUAGAGGGCAUAUCUACGAGCGGUUGUGUCGAGGCUUGUGGGAUUCAAGUUCCCGAGUUGUAAACGGUUUCUUAAGCACCCGUAGGCUUAACGGAAGUAGUGGUAGCUUCGAGAGAGUCUCUCGGGGAACUGGACUAGCCACGAGGUGGUGAACCAGUAUAGAUCGGUGUGUUCUUUGCCUUCUCUAUUUUAUUUCCGCUGCACUUUCGUUUAU